GUUUAGAAAGUUUUGAAUUUGUUAAAUAAAAUAUAAUAGUCUAAUGAUUCAUAAUGAAUAACUUUGACCGAAGUAAUAAAGUAACUGGAGUGUACUGGUUGAAAACACCGAUAGAUAAUAUUACUAUAAAGAUAAGACUAAAGCCUCAUGAAGGUAUCAAAACAUUACCCAAAUUCGAGACUUAUAAAAAUGACUCAAAUAACACCAUCCAGCAAGUAGAAAAUAAUAAAAUAGAAGAACAUGAAUUCAAAUGGCAAGAGAAAGCAUUCAGUUUGCAUGAAAUACAGCGGUACAGUGAUAUACACAACUGUAUUUCAGAAAAUGAAUUAUCCUACCAUGAUUUGUUAGAAGAAACAGAUUACCAACCUGACAAAAUAUUUACCUACAUUCAUCAUGACUACCAUUUACCAAUGCCAGUAAAUAAAAUUAAAAAACCAAGUUCUGAUAUUCUAAAUUUGAAUUCUUGUCUGGAAAAACUGAAUUUGAGUGAAAAAGUAUUUAGGGAAGAUACAAGCUCUAUGGCACAUUUGUUUAGAAGUGAGGAAAGUAUUGCCAGUGAGGAAAAAUGGACUUCCAUGCAUGUGAUGUAUGACAACUCGGAAUAUAACGAAGACUCUCAACUGCUUCUAAAACAAGAGAUAACCCUCCUAUCUCUCUACCACAAUGUAUCACAGAACUACCUGAUUGUGUCACCGGAUGUGAACAGCCUGGAUUUGAACCCGUACCAGCUGGAGCCGGGGUAUCAGUAUGCUGUCGGUGUGGAGCUUGAAAAGGUGGACGGAGAGGAACUACUAGUUCUGUUAAAAAAAUUGUCCAAGAAAUGGGAUAAACGCCACAAGCAGUCGAAGUUUGUUAUGCCCCCGUUAGGCAGGCGACACCACUAUGUCACCGUGGAGAUCCUUUCGGCGGCCGACUUUGAUUUGGACAACUUGUAUGUGGAAUUCCAUAUUAAGGUGCCCGAAGGGAUGCAAUGUUCAGACGCACUGCACGGAAGAACGCACAUUUCCAAGUCUAACACUAAUGAUAUUGAAGAGAAAUAUUGGAAUUUCGGACAUUUGGUAGAACUCAAUUUAGAUGGGCAUUUGGAUACAGACAGUCCACCUCUAAAAAUCUUCUUCGAAAUCAUCUCCACCGACUGGUGGGGCCGCCAACGCACCGAGGGCUACAGCUAUCUCCCUCUAACACUGCAGCCCGGCCAUUAUGACAGGCAUCUGUCCUGCUCCCGCCCCGAGGAGUUGGACCAUGUUGCCGCCGAGAGUAGGAGGUUUUUUAUUGGGGGGUGCCAUUUGAUUAGGGAUUUGGAGGUGCUGGCUAAACCUCAGUUACAGGAUGCCAACUUCAAAUUCACCACCACCGGCACCCUCUCGGUCCGCUGGUCCACCAUCACCCAGUCUCCCCUCCCUGGGUUCAAAACUGCCCCCAGCCAAGUUUCCCACGCGUCGGCGUUACUGAGAGGGGCCGAGGCGGUGCUCAGGCAGUAUAAAAGAGCGAGGGCUAGAUUAGCCGAAGCUACUAAAGAUUUGAGUGUUCAGGAGACUACUUUUGGGUCUGAUGAUGAUUAAACAACAUAGUUAU